CUGUUUUCUCUAUGAAUUUAAAAGUCUUUCGAAUUGAAUUACUCGCUUCAGCGCUUAUCUCGAAUAAUAUGGCUGCGCGUACGCCGCAAGAACCAAUUGGUGAUCUCCACGUCAACCCGAAUAGCCCCUUUAUCAAAUGGGCUGAAUUUCCGGAUAUUGUAGGAGAACAAUCCGGAGAUCUUACGCAUCACCAGCGUACUGUGGUCCUUACCUUAUCCGAAAUAACCAAUAUUUCGCAGAGGGAUCUUGCACGGGCCCUGGGCAUCAAUCAAUCUACAGUCUCCCGUAUCCGUGCUAAUUAUGAGUACGGCGGAGCAGAUGCAGGGUGUAAGCGGAAACGAUCUGGGCGGCCCGCCACCACCAAUUUCACCAAAACGGAGCUCGAUUCCGUUGAGUCCCUGAUUAUGAGGAAUCGAGACACAAGGCGAAUGAAUUACGAACAGCUCGCGGACCUUUUGAACCAGGAAAAUGAUACGCCAGGGCGCUGGAUCGAAUGGCGGUUCACGGAGGCGUCGAAAGAGCUUGGGUUCAAAUCCUGUCGACCCGGAAAAAACCCGCGUUAACGCCACGAGCGAAGAAGGUCAGGCACGCGAUGGCGCAAGGUAAUCAGCAUCGGGGAUUCAAUGAGUGGGAGCGUGUCAUCGCGUGCGACGAGUUCCGUAUUGAUACCAAUCCGGCGGUCUUAAACGAACGGGUGCUCCGGCGCCCUGGAGAGGAGUAUCACCCUGAUUGCGUGCACGACGAGCGCUUCAGUGGUCGUGAGGGCGUCUCCUUUUGGGGGGCCUUCUGCGGCGAGCACCAUACACCGUUGCUUGAGAUCCCUCUAGGCGUGAAAAUGGACUCCGCGGGUUACGUUACGGAGAUCCUAGAGCCUCACCUUUGGCCCUUUUACGUGAUGACGGAGCGAUAUGGGGAGGUCGCGUUGCUUGAGGAUAACGCUCCUGGGCAUAUGAAGUUCGCUACUAAAUGGAGGAUCCGUAACGGCAUCAAUACAGUGGCUCAUUCGCCUGCUUCACCGGAUCUGAAUUACUCUGAGAAUAUCUGGAGUCCCGCCAAGGCGGAUUUCACACGCCAAUUCUGCCUCCGUACGGGCCCUUCACGGGUCCAGAGAUGGGAGGUCGUUGAAUGGGCGCACGAACGGUAUGAUCAGAUCGCGAAUCCAGAGCUUUUGAUCAAGCUAGUGGAGUCUAUGCCACGCAGGAUCCAGGCGGUGAUCGACGUGGAAGUACACACGUACUGUACCGAGACCAUGGUAGACGAUGGAUCACCGUAA